AAGGGGCAGAAUGGGAAAUAUAAUAUAAAACGGCUCAAAGAUUAAUAGUAAUCAUCCUCUCCAUCUUUUUGACUCACCCAUCUAUCUAUCUUCCUUUGAAUUAAUGACGUAGAAAGAAACCAAUCAUCCACCGACACCGUCACAAUGAGCAACGAAUACGAUUAUCUCUUCAAACUUUUACUCAUCGGUGACUCCUCCGUCGGAAAAUCAUGCCUUCUUCUCCGAUUUGCUGAUGAUUCUUAUGUGGAUAGUUACAUAAGCACAAUUGGAGUUGACUUUAAAAUUAGGACUGUGGAGCAGGAUAGGAAGACCAUCAAGCUGCAGAUAUGGGAUACUGCUGGCCAGGAGCGGUUUCGGACUAUAACAAGCAGUUACUACAGAGGAGCACAUGGAAUAAUUAUCGUGUAUGAUGUGACUGAGAUGGAGAGCUUCAACAAUGUGAAGCAAUGGCUGAGUGAAAUCGACAGAUAUGCAAAUGAAUCAGUCUGCAAGCUUCUUGUUGGAAACAAAUGUGAUCUAGUUGAGAACAAGGUUGUUGACACACAAACAGCUAAGGCAUUUGCAGAUGAGCUCGGGAUCCCUUUCCUCGAGACCAGUGCAAAAGACUCCGUAAACGUGGAACAGGCUUUCUUGACAAUGGCUGCAGAGAUAAAGAAAAAAAUGGGUAACCAGCCAACGGGCGACAAGAGCAUAGUUCAAAUCAAAGGGCAGCCGAUUGAGCAGAAGAGCAAUUGUUGUGGUUAAUACUGUUAAGGUCCGCAGGACAACUGGUAAAAAUGUUUGUAAAAUGUUGUUGGCUUUUAAUUAGCUUCAUGGACUUUUUUGUAUCAUCUGAUUUCAACUACGGGUAAUUUUCUGCAUCAAAUUACUUUGAAAGGUGGCAAAAUGAGCAUGGUUGUGUGACGGGUCACAACAGGUUAAAAAGGUCGGGCCGCCGACUUGAAACGCUUUUGAUCUAGUUUUCGUUCUAUUACACUUUGAAAUACUAUCCCAAUAAUUUUUUUUGGAUUAAUUA